AUGGCGGCAAAAUCUGAGAAAAUGGAGGGAACUAGGGAACCUCACCACUUCCCCCGCCGCCAAGCACAACAGUAAAACUGACACAAUCGAAGCUCGAGACCAACUCCAAGCGGAGGUUGCCUCCGACGAAUCCGUCCAUGGGGGAAGCGCGGGGGCUCGUCCACCCGUGCGACAGCGAUGGCACCGUGCGCGUCCUCCACCGCCGCCGGCCCCGACGCGUCCGCUCUGGCCUCCGAUGGCUCCAAUCCCGGUGCCACCACCGGUGGGAGGAAGCGUAAGGCCCCGGCGGCCCCUCGGAAGCCUCGGAAGGCACAGGAUCACAAAACAUAUCACAUCGAGGUGCGCUACGGGCACAUAAGAAACCUCUGGCGAGGAGGAAGAAACAUCGAAGGUUUCUGGGAUGUGCGAGGAGAAAAUUUGGAUGAAUGCGGCCACAUAGUGGCGGAGCUGCCGCAGCCGUGGCCGAUGACAUUGGUGGAUGUCAAGCUCUGGAUCUUGAAACUGUUCCGUCUUCAUCCAGAGACACAAGAUCUCCAAAUCAAGGGGUUCUUCAAAGAAUUCUGCCCUGACUUCUUCGAUAUCGGUCUAGAUGACCAUGGUCCAGACUUUUAUUCGGACAACUUGGACUGGGAGGUCCGAGGUUUCCAUAGCGACAGGUCUUGGACUUCCUUUGUCAAUAAAAUGAAGAGAAAAAAAGCGUUUCAGCAGCUCAUGCUGUAUGCGGACUGCUCUGAACUCAAGCACUAUGAUGUUCUGCUCAAAGCCAUACCUGAAGGUUACUCCCAACUAUCAACGGUGUUGCUGCCCUUGGGGAAAGUGUCUGAUGAGCCUCUUCGGCUGCGCUCUCUGCACGACCACCUGCUACCAAUGACAGUGAAGGAAAUUUCAACAAAAGUUGCUGACGAAUGUGGCGAGCAGUUCAGUCUCCCUGAGGUUUGGAGGGCAAAACAGAAAGCUUUUGAAUUCAGAUUCGGUACGUAUUAUGAUUCAUACGACUAUGUCCCAACGUUGCUUAAGGACAUAGUAUGUUCAAACCCAGGUAGUUUUUUUGACAUCAAGGAUACAGAGGUUGUGGGCUGCAAGGAUUUCCGAGUCCUCAAUUGUAUAUUUUGGGCACUUGCACAGUGCAUACGUGCCUUCAGUUACUGUCGCCCUGUGCUUUGUGUUAAGGGCACACCACUAUGUGGGAGAUAUCAAGGGGUGCUGUUGACUGCCCUUGCGUUAGAUGCUAAUGAUUGCCUCGUUCCAGUAGCAUUUGCUAUUGCCGAGAGAGAGACAAAGGAAAGCUGGCUUUGGUUUCUUAGGAAUGUGAAGCGAGCAGUCGUGAAGGAGCGCUCUGGUGUCUGCAUUAUCCAUGACUGCAAAGUGGAGUUGGUAAAUGCUGUAGAUGAUAUUCAGAAUAACCCAGAUGAAACGCACCCAUGGAGGGAUGUACAAAGCCGGUGGUGUAUGCUACACCUUGCUGAAAACUUCUUGGAGUAUUUUAGUGACAAGAAACUGGUGUCGAUGUUCAAGAGGCUUUGCCAGCAGAAGCAACACAGUAAGUUUGCUGAAAUAUGGAAGGAGCUAGAUGAGUUGACAUCAAAAUAUAUGGCAGAGAAAGAAAGCAGUUCAAGUCAGGAAAUGCUGCAGGGUUCAGGCGAGCUUGAUGAGGCAGAACUUGAGGCACCAGCACCAUGCAGCCAACUGAAGUCAGUGCAGGAUGGGGAAGAAGGAAAUCACAGAGAUGACAGCCAAAUGAAGAUAACAAAGUUUUCUGAUUGGAUCCAUCUGAAACCGAAGGAGAAGUGGUCACUGCUGCAUGACACAAAUAGAGCUAGGUAUGGCAUCAUGGGCACUGAUAUAUCUGAUAUAUAUAAGCAUAGCCAUGUAUUCAAAGGAGUACCACUCUGUGCCAUAGUGGAGGUGACAUUCAAGCGCAUGGUAGAGUACUUCAAAAACACAAGUGACGCAGCAAACAAAGCAAUCAACGACCCAGCAAUGAAGUUCCCUCAACGUGUACAGGAUGAGAUGGAUCUCAAAAUGCAGAAGGCCCAGGCGCAUCAGGUGAUCUGCGUGAAAACAAAGUGCAACAAUGUUAUAUUGGGGGAUGAUGUUAAACAGUUUGUGGUUCAGUCAGGGCAGAAGCGUGUAGUUGUUCGCCUGUAUUCAAAAUCUACCAGUAGCGUGGAUAAGUUUGGAGCGCGCAGAAUCAGAAAAAGUGCUGCAUGUUCAUGCAACAAGAUGCAGCUUCUUCGCAAACCCUGCUCUCACGUCGUGGCUGUCUGCUGUCAAAUUGGAGUUACUUCUACAUACAUGUCCCCGUACUACAGCUUGACCUGUCUAGGUAAUACUUGGAGUACAAAAUUCAAAGUAGCUGAUAAUUUGUUCAAGUACCGAGAAUCCAUUCAAUUCAGCUGGGAGAAGAAGACGCUAACUUGGAUGCCGGACAAAAAGCUGGAGUGUGGCUUUCCUGGUUUUCUAACAUCAGACUGCACACAAACUGCCACAGAAGAGGAAGAGCAAGAGUGAAGCAUCUGCAGUUGAUCAAUUCAGACAAUCAAAGAGCCGAAGAAGACUCAGAAGAACCUAGUCAAGCUUGAACUUCUAUGUUCUUCCGUCAACUCAGUCAUAUGUGUACUCUUAAUAUGCAGCACCUUUUGAGCUCAAGUUAUCCUAGUCGUUAAAACUGAA